AUGUUGAAUAACCGUCGCAACUUUGUCUUUAGAGUGAGUAUAGUGAUAAAUAUCGCCGUGCUGUUAUACGCGGCGAUGCACUUAUCCAGUAACACUUCACCAGGUGUGGAAUGGGUACCGAUAACUGUUGAUGGAUCAGAAAGGAGUGCAGAAUUCAGGUAUAUUAAUAGAGAAGAAAUGCGAAAUUAUACAGAUACGAGGCCACCAGAAUCAAGUGUUCGAAACCUCGAAGAGUCUACCUCCCAAAAGACACCGUCUACAAUGCCGACCACUAACAAAACCGCCUCGAGUACAGUUUCUAUACCUGAAACUGAUAAGAAGUUAAACAGUGCUUUGCCUGAGCCUGAAACAUCAAAUGGAACAGUGCUAGAAAUCGAUGAUGAGGAUGCGUUACAUCCAAUGACGCUUAACUAUCUUCGUACAUUAUUGGACUGCAAUGAUAAGGACAUGCUGUCUCAAACUGUACAGCGUGGUGAUUUUUGGGUUCUAAAGAAUUUUGUUCGUGCUGAUCAUGGAAUUAUACAGUGUCAUGAAUCUGUAACGUAUACAACACAUGCCGGCUUCGAGUUUCUUGACAACGUUCAGCCUCUUGUAGAAAGAUGGAUGGCCCCAGUGAGUCUUGCCAUUCACGCGCCCGGAGCGGACAUGCUUCCGACGGUGAACAGCAUCAGAUACCUGCGAGAUUGCCUCGGCAACGAACUCAUCAAACAGUUUGUCACCUUCCACGUGUUCUUUUCUAAUAAACAUAUACCUAGCAAGAUACCAAAUCCAGACACUUUUCUUCAAACACCAUACAACUGCACGGCAAAACCUCCAUACGACGUCAACGCCAACUCAACAUAUAUGAAAGCAAAAAGUCUCUUGUAUCCCGUGAACGUGGCUCGUAACAUCGCUAGAGAGGCUGCAGUUACUCACUUCAUACUGCCAUCUGAUAUAGAGCUAUAUCCUAGUCCUAAUUUAGUACCCAGGUUCCUAAACAUGAUUGCCAGAAACGCUAAACCAUUAAGCACUUCCAGUAGACCUAGGGUCUUUCCUAUAAGUAUAUUUGAAGUCGGUGCCAAAGUCCAAGUGCCAUCGACAAAAACGGAGCUGCAAACGAUGUUGGUCAAUAAGACUGCAAUACCGUUCCACAAGUUCGUGUGUCCAAAUUGUCACAACAUACCUCAAGGGCAACAGUGGAUGAAUGCACCAGAAACUAAUCAAAUGGAUGUCUUUCACGUUGGAAAGCGACGUGGGAAGUUCGUGCAUUGGGAACCAAUCUUCAUAGGAACUCAUCAAGAUCCCUAUUACGACGAGCGACUUAGCUGGGAAGGCAAGAAAGAUAAGAUGACGCAGGGUUAUGUUCUGUGCGUCAAAGACUACGACUUCAUGAUAUUAAACAACGCAUUCCUCAUACACAAACCUGGUAUCAAACACUACGUGAAAAAUGCAAAGAGGGAUGCUAUCGCCGGAAAACAGUCGUUAUACAUUAAAUCGGUCAUUAUGCCACAGCUUAAAAUUCUAUUUGGGACGAGAAAUGGCUGUGCGCUG